AUGAGGCGGUUCUCGACAGCAGUAACCAUAACUGAUCCUCUGGUUAAAUACCAAACACUUGUCAAAACUGGCGUGUACUCCCCCGAUCCCGCCCAACACAGACUGGCACAUCACUUGAGGGAUGUCUAUCUCCGCAUCAAAGACUACUCACCUCAGGCAGACUACCGCCAGAGGCUGACCAAAGUUGCGCGUCUCACGGAGACCAGGAUCCCCAGCGAUGAAGAAGCAGGCAAUAUUCUCGCCUUGCGAAGCCACAGCAUAUGGCGCAACCCCUUGUUCAAACACCUUAUCCCCGGGGCCGCCGCAGACCCUGAUAGUCUCGCCCUCACCCGAAUGUUGAGCGACCACGAAACCGCCAUGGAGAUAGAUUCCCCCAAGGGCUUGUUCUUAUCAGGGGAAGUGGGCACGGGGAAAUCCAUGCUCCUCGACCUAUUAGCGGACGGACUUCCGACGGCACGCAAACGAAGAUGGCACUUUAAUACCUUCAUGCUGUAUAUAUUUGCGCAGCUUGACAACCACAGAGAACUCCACGUCAACUCGCCCGGCUCUGAUUCGGAGUUCUCAUUGGUUUGGAUGGCAAAGAAGCUUGUCGACGAGUCUCCCAUCCUCUUCCUGGAUGAAUUUCAGUUACCCGACCGCGCAGCCAGCAAGAUCCUCAGCCACCUUUUCAUAGCAUUCUUCCAGCUUGGCGGCGUCCUCGUUGCUUCUUCAAAUCGAAUGCCGGAAGAAUUGCAAAAAGCAACGGGCAUCGACUACGCUCCUGCCUCCUCAAAGGGAUGGAUGGGCCACAUUUUCGGCGGAAGCACGCGGUAUAAAGGGGGGCUGCAUGGCCAGAGUAGCGACUUUUCCAACUUUCUAGAUGUUUUGAAAGCCAGGUGUGAUUUCUGGCAGAUGGAGGGAGGCAAGGAUUGGAGAAGAAAAGAGGCCACUGAUUGCCCGAAAACAUCCACCGUCGCCGCCACUCCAACCGGCGGCACAAGACUGGCUGGCGCAACGGACGACGACAGCAGCACGAGCAGCGUACCAUACAACUACUUUCUACUUGACAGUCACAAGGCCCACGAGUUCGACGAGCGGAUACAAAAGACCAUUGGUUGGGACGGCCCAGCAGAAAUGCCAUGGAAACCAUCCACCCUGAUGGUAUACGGCCGCCAGGUCCUCACCCCAAGACAUCACGACGGCACAGUACUCUGGACCUUCAACCCCCUCGUCGAGUCCUUCGGGCCAGCAGACUACAUCACAAUGGCCUCAUCCUAUCACACAUUCGUCAUCGACCAAGUCCCCAUCCUGACGGUGCUCCAGAAAAACGAAGCCCGCCGAUUCAUAACGUUCCUCGACGCCCUCUAUGAGGCCCGCUGCAAGCUCAUCAUCCGGGCAGAAAGCGCCCCCGAUGACCUCUUCUUCCCGGAAAACAACCCUCCCCAAAGCCCCAAACCUGACAAAGAUCAAGCCAACGACGGCAACGGCGACAAUGACAGUGACGCAACCUACUCCGAGACCAUUGCGGAGGUCUACCAGGACCAAAUGGCGCCCUUCCGCCCCAACGUGUCAUACUACGACGCCAAAGCAUCCACGUCAAGAUACGACCCGGACCAAGACUCCGACUUUGGCCUGCAAAAGCAGAGCAUCAACUUCGGCAACGCCGGGGCGUUCACAGGCGAAGACGAGCGAUUCGCCUACAGACGCGCCGCCUCACGACUGUGGGAGCUCUGCAGCGCAGCGUGGGCCGCCAGGACAGGCGCCUGGUGGCAGCCGCUCCCCCUCGAAGCAAGGCACUGGGAGGGCGGCACGGCCUCGCAGCCAGUCAAAACGGGCGUCUCAUCAAAGAAGGCGAGCACGGGCGAAAAAAUAGGCGGCAGCGUGGUAACCGACGUGGCCGGCCUGUCCAAGUGGAAAGUAGACGACCUCCGCAAACAGUCCGACGGCGAAUAG